GCUCCUCCUGCCCUCCCCUCCACUCCAUGCAGCGAGUUGGCUGCCAGUGUGUGCUGUAUCUUGUAUGGCUGUACUUAAUCCCUCCUCUCCCUAACCUUCUGUCUCCUUUCCCCUUCACCACCUCCACCCCUCUCCCUCCCACUACUUCUUUGAGUUGCUUGCUUCUCUCCUCUGUGCACUGGUUGGAGUGGUUGCUGUUUGCUAGUGUUCUAUGCACUUGCUCUUCAUCUCACUCAUCUCCCCCAUGGAUGUGCAUCCCUCCUCCAACUCUCCAUAUUCUGAUUUUUGAAGCAAUCUCUCCAUAUUCUGAUGGUUGCUUGGUUCGUCUGGCUCGCUUGAAGCCAUCUUUUCCUGGGAAAAAGCUUCUGUUUUCCGUUGCCCAUAUUGGUGCUGCUUCUGUGGUGAAGGUGGCAGUUUGUACCAUCUUUUGAAGAAAUCCCGGCGGAAGAUUGCUCGUUGCUGUGGAUUCUCGGCGAAACUGGCGUCUUGCCGCAUACGCGGCGCUGGAUUGCGGUGGAAGAGGGCGGUUUCGUGAAGAAAUCUUGCUGCUAGAUCAAUUGUCUCGCCCUUUACUUUUUGGGCGGUUCGCGGUGCUGCCUUCUGCAGUAAAGGUGGGAUCUUGCGGCCGGCGGCAGUGGCAUUGCCGGAUCGAGAAAUCUUCGACGGCGACCUGCGUAUCUGCAUGCCCGAUCUGUGCGUGGUUGGUCAUCUCUUCGCUGGCAUUGCGGGGUGGGCUCGCCGGGCGGUGUGGAUUGUUGCGGUGAGCAGAGCAGAGGGGUGUAGCUCUGCGCUGUGAUCCGAGUGCGCUGCACGCCAGGUGUUCGCUGAAAAGGGCGGGCGAGCAUGAGGGACUUCCCUUCCUGCUUCGGGGAGAGCGGCGUCCAGAUCGCGGACGCGUCGUCGUCGUCGUCGUCCAGCGCCGGCAAGGGCGCAGCGCAGAACCUGGUGACCUGCCUCUACCAGACGCAGUUCUCGGGCCGGCCCUGCGUGAUCUCGGUCACCUGGAGCAAGAGCCUCAUGGGGCAGGGCCUCAGCAUCGGCGUGGACGACCUGUCCGGCCAGUGCCUGUGCAAGGCGGACAUCAAGCCGUGGCUCUUCUCCAAGAAGAAGGGGUCCAAGAGCCUCGACGUUGAGGACGGCAAGAUUGAGAUCUUCUGGGACCUGUCGGGCGCCAAGUUCGGUGCCGGGCCAGAACCAUUGGAGGGGUUCUAUGUCGCUGUGGUGUUCGACCUUGAGCUCGUGCUCUUGCUCGGCGACAUGAAGAAGGACGCUUACAGGAAGACGGGCGCCAACCGGUCCAUGCUGAAUGCGGUGUUCGUGGCGAGGAGGGAGCACAUAUAUAGCAAGAAGAUCUACUCUGCUAAGGCGCAGUUCUGCGAUAACGGCCAGUUCCAUGACAUUGUCAUCGAGUGCAAUACCAUCGCCCUCAAGGAUCCCUGUCUUGAGAUACGGGUAGAUAAGAAGCCCGUGAUGCGGGUGAACCGUCUGGCGUGGAAAUUCAGGGGAAAUCAGACGAUUCUUGUUGAUGGCUUGCCUGUGGAGGUGUUCUGGGAUGUCCACAGUUGGUUGUUUGGGUCGGCGGCGAGCAAUGCGGUGUUCAUGUUUCGGACAUGCCAGCCAACUGAGAAGUCGAUGCCAUGGUCGUACUCGCAGAUUUUUAGGGAGUCGCAGCUGCAAGGUCUUGGUUUCUCGCUGAUCCUGCAUGCAUGGAAGGUCGAAUAGUUUUUUUUUUGCAGGAUCACAAUUUGCUUCUGCACCUGCCUCCUUUUUUUGUGUUAACAACAUGAUGUUUUGUUGAGUGAUGUUCAUCAGAAUGCUAUGGAGACUCUCCAAUAUAUGUUCUUUCAUUUCAUUUC